GGGCCCGGCCGGGAAAUUCCCCCUGAAAAGGGCGGCGAGCGGGGCGCGGCUCGGCUCGGCUCGGCACAGCACGCAGCCGGGCGCCUGGCCGGCCCGACAGACAGACCGACGGCAGACGGGCAGACAGCUAGAAGGGGGCCGUAGCGGAGCCGUCAGCAUGGCCGGUGGCCCUGAGCCCUACAUUGAAAUAUUUGAACAACCCAGGCAAAGGGGCAUGCGUUUCAGAUACAAAUGUGAGGGAAGAUCAGCAGGCAGCAUUCCAGGAGAACACAGUACUGAAAACAACAAGACAUUCCCCUCCAUACAGAUUCUGAAUUAUUUUGGAAAAGUCAAAAUAAGGACUACAUUGGUAACAAAGAAUGAACCCUACAAGCCACACCCUCAUGACCUGGUUGGAAAAGACUGCAGAGAUGGCUACUACGAAGCAGAGUUUGGGCCAGAACGGCGAGUCCUGUCUUUUCAGAAUUUGGGCAUUCAGUGUGUGAAGAAGAGAGACCUGAAAGAAUCAAUUUCCUUACGAAUCUCGAAGAAGAUCAACCCUUUUAAUGUGCCUGAAGAGCAGCUACACAACAUCGAUGAGUACGAUCUCAACGUCGUCCGGCUCUGCUUCCAAGCUUUCCUCCCCGAUGAACAUGGCAACUACACAUUAGCUCUUCCUCCUUUGAUUUCCAACCCCAUCUAUGACAACAGAGCUCCCAAUACAGCAGAAUUGAGAAUUUGCCGUGUGAAUAAGAACUGUGGAAGCGUAAAAGGAGGAGAUGAAAUAUUUCUACUCUGUGACAAAGUUCAAAAAGAUGAUAUAGAAGUCAGAUUUGUCUUGGACAACUGGGAGGCCAAAGGCUCCUUCUCACAAGCUGAUGUUCACCGCCAAGUUGCAAUUGUGUUCAGAACGCCACCGUUUCUCAAAGACAUCACCGAGCCUGUCACGGUGAAGAUGCAGUUAAGAAGGCCUUCCGACCAGGAAGUCAGUGAACCAAUGGACUUCAGAUACCUACCAGAUGAAAAGGAUCCAUAUGGUAACAAAGCAAAAAGGCAAAGAUCAACGCUGGCUUGGCAAAAACUCAUACAAGACUGCGGAUCAAAUGCGACAGAGAGGCCCAAGGUGGCUUUGUUUUCUGCUGCCAACCCUGAAGGGAAGAUGAUCAAGAAAGAACCAAACAUGUUUUCAUCCACGCUGAUGAUGCCAGGGCUAGGAACUCUGCCCAGCUCCAGUCAGAUGUACCCCGGGUGCAAUCAGGUUCCCCAUCAGCCCGCACAGGUGGGUCCAGGGAAGCAAGACACGCUCUCUUCCUGCUGGCAGCAGCUGUACAGCACCUCCUCCUCGGCUGGCAGCCUGCUCAACGCGCACCCACAGAACAGCUUUGCAGACGUGCCUCAGCCCGGUGCGCAUGGCAGCAGCACUCUCCCAGCUUUCCACGAUAACGCUCUGAACUGGCCUGAUGAGAAGGAUUCCAGCUUUUACAGGAAUUUCAGCAGCACAAACGGGAUGGGAGCGGUGGCAGUGUCAACUGCAGACGUGCAGAGUGUUUCUACUAACAGCAUCGUGCACCAGACUCAUCAGGCCAGCACCACAGCAAGCAUCAUGAACAUGGAGACCGAUGACAUGAACUGCACUAGCAUAAACUUUGAGAAGUAUAAUCAGGUGUUAAAUGUAAGCAAUCAUAGGCAGCAGCUCCACCAGGUGCCUCCAGGUUGUCCACCUGUGGUAGCCCCUGGCAGCACACCUUUUAAUUCACAGUCUAACUUAGCUGAUCCAGCAGUUUACAGUUUUUUAGACCAAGAAGUUUUAAGCGAAUCAAGACUAUCCACCAACCCUAUCCAAAAUCAUCAGAACAGCAUUGCAGAUAGCCAGUUCUAUGACACCGACGGUGUCCACGCUGAUGAGCUCUAUCAGUCUUUCCCCUUUGAUACCAUAUUACAAAGCUAUAACCAUUGAGCCCGCGCUGUCAGGCUGAAGUGGGGUACGAAGAGCGACGAGUAACUUACCAUUCUUCUGGAUUCCCUGCUUUCUCUUUCAGAAUGUCACUAUGUAAGUUUCACGAUGUCACUUAAAGUUAUAUAUUACAGCCCAACGACUGGUGCCCAUAAAGAAGAAAGGUGGGAGUAGGGUUUGGGGUUCUGUACUUUAGAAGUGCCUCUUAGACAUUUUUAUGCUGUUGGAAAAGGGAAUUGUUAAUACUUAAAGCAUCCUUACCUUUGGGGACAGUAAAAGCUGGUAUCUUCAGAAGGGUCAAAUUUCAUAUAAUUCACAGGGUUAAAAUUGCCUGCAAAAACUUUUUGCUAUGGAAAGUACUUUACGUUUUGAUAGAACAGAAACUAGGAAGAAACUGCACACGGGCACUCUAGUUCAGAUUCACCUGAUGUUAAAAGUUUUACUCAAUUUCUUGAAAGAUUCAGGUUUCUUACCCUCCUUCAUAUAAAAUAUUUUUCUCCUAAAACAAGAUCAUGCAUUGAUUUUUCACAUUUUCACCAUAUUCCAUUUGCUUUCAAGGCAAAUUUACUCUAAAAAAAAUUUAAUGACUAUGUCAUUGUUAGAUAUAUUUUAAAAGACCGGAAGGUUUGAGUUUUUAAAUAGUCCAGAUCUGUUGUAAAUGAAUCACUGCACAGGAUAAUGAACAGAAAGUAAGGACUUCUCUGCACUUCAUCCCAAGUGCACUAUUUUAAAUGACAAAACCCUGUUGCUUUAGGAAUGGAGCAUGCCGUUAUUUCUCCGGGAUUUGUUUUUGUGUGUAUGUAGCUGUGAUGCGUAUUUUAUUUUGAUCUGCAGAAAUAUCAUUGAGCCGAAGCCUCUACCUAUUCUUUCCUCAGGUAUCCUGGCAGUUUCCUGCUAUGCAAGUGACUGCUUAAAAAAUGGCUCAGAUCCGGCCUCCCCACCACCCCCUCACAAGAAGGCCUGGGGCAAACCCAGAGGCAGUCUCAGUGCAGCCUAACUUAGAUGCACUGUAUUAACAAUUUAAGGCCAUUUCAGUCCGUACUAAUUAAAAACACUCCUUUACGCUCUGUAUCAGAAACCAGGACUUCCUCUCUUCACUUGCUUCCCAAUCUUCAUUCUUAGCCUGAGGUGCGAGGUGUCCAAGGACAGCUCGCACAAAUUAACUGGCUAGGUGAGACACUCGUCUGCAUAUAGGGCUUUGCUAUUUUAUUAUUAUUAUAAAAAGCAAGACAGCAAGAAAUAUAUCAGUGCAUUUCUUAAGUUACAGAGCUGUUUCAUAUGGCAGAUAAGGCUUAAGAAUCUAAUUUUUACUGUUUGGCAACAUAAAACUGCACCAUGAAAAGAAGCAAUAAAUAGCACACUUGAAUCUAAAAGAAACAGAAAACACAACCCUGAAUCAAAAAAGCUACUUGAGAUGUACAGUUGUAUGCAAGGCAGAAAGGAACUCCAAAAAAAAGAAAAAAACAGAGGUUUAUGGGACAGCAAUGGCUGUUUCAGUGCAGUAAUUCACUGCAUUCAAAGCAGUAACGUGCUGCAGCUGUAACGCAUGACACCAAUAACACAGGUUUGACGGAAAAGGUUCUUUCGAGGUGUAUAAAUGAAGUUUGGAACGCUGCUUCCUGUAACUCUGGUACACAACAGAAUGAAUUGACUCUCCACACUUACUUAAAGCAAGUUUUUCUCACUUCUGCAAAACACUUACCUUUUCAGGAGCUCCGCCGCAGUCUUGUGACAGAAAGACCAAAGAAAUACAAAGAAAGCUUGAAA